CUGAUGCAACAAUGGAGUUUGCUUUAAGCCUGACCACAGCGGUUUCUUUAGUAAUGAACAUCGUGAUGGGAAUCGUGAUAUAUUGGGUAGUCACCAAGAACAGGCGCCUCACCAGACAGAAGACGAGACCAGCGCUAAAUGUAGACAUCCUUAAACGUGGACCCUUCCCCACGCCUGACCCCCAUCCCGAAUCUAUAGCUGUUGAAGGUUUAACCAGACAAAUAUCUACCGGGUUUGAACGAGAGGCAAACAACAACGACACAGAGGAAACGGCUUACUCGGAUAUUGAUCAGGUUCAGAAUGAGAUAGCAAAAUCUUCAUUGUGCAGUGAUGGGGCUGGUGACACGCAGACGUUAACUGGCCCUCGGGUCGUAUCUGAUGGCGCUGGUGACACGCAGACGUUAACUGGCCCUCAAGUCGUAUCUGAUGGCGCUGGUGACACGCAGACGUUAACUGGCCCUCAAGUCGUAUCUGAUGGCGCUGGUGACACGCAGACGUUAACUGGCCCUCAAGUCGUAUAUGAUGGCGCUGGUGACACGCAGACGUUAACUGACCCUCAAGUCGUAUCUGAUGCAGUUGCUCCACCAGCCCCGAUUGUUUCAAAUCAAGAAUCCACGUACAAUCACCUUCGGAUAAACAAUGGACUCAUAACACAUGUUGACACCGUGUAUGGGGACAACAGCGCAAACUAGCGUAGUAGAAUCUGAUUAUAUUGCAAUCAGAUACUCGAGUAGCAAUGUCUAUUAUGACAUCAUCACUUCGAGUAACGAUGUAUAUGUUGACAUCAGCACUUCGAGUAAUACUUAUGACGUGUAACCACACUGUCAAUGAAAAUUCUGGCAGCGUGAAGUAAAAAAUCUUUUUACCAUAGUACACCAUUUUAUUUUAAAUAUUUUCUAGCAAAUUAUUACACACUUGAUCAUUACUUUUUAUACGUUGCAUGCUUAUUUCUUCCAUUAAAUUUAAUAUUACAGUUAAUGCAUGACAAUAACCAUCUUAUAUAUGACAAAAUGUUAAAAGUCAAUUGGUUUGAAUGCAAUCUCAAACUU